AUGUCGCUACUCCUUUAAUGUUUACCUUUACUGUUAACGUUUUGCGCUUUUCCAACUCUAAUAAAUAUUAAUAAAUAUUAAAUAAUAAUAUUAUAAUAAGUUCUUUGAAUUUUAUUUAUUUGUUCAAUUUCAUUUAAUAUCAUCUAUUAUGGCUCAACAUAUGAACGCUGCUGUAGAUGAAGAUGCGGCGCUGUUGCAAUUUCCCAAGGAAUUUGAAAACGCUGAAACCUUGCUUAUUUCCGAAGUAAAUAUGUUGUUGAAAUUUCGCAAGAACCAAAACGAAAGUGCGGAGGAAGAACAAGAAUUUUCUGAAGUGUUUAACAAAACUUUGACUUAUACAGAACAAUGUUCCAAAUUUAAAAAUAAAGAAACCAUUGUUGCUGUAAGAAAUUUACUUGCUGGCAAAAAAUUACACAAGUUUGAACUGGCGUCAAUAGGUAACUUAUGUCCACAACUCGCCGAUGAAGCCAAAUCACUUAUACCCAGUUUGGAAGGUAGAUUCGAUGACGAUGAAUUACAACAAAUUCUGGAUGAUAUACAAGCUAAAUUAAGUAUUCAGUAUUAAUUAAAUUUUAACAAUCACUUCAAAUAAAUUGUAUUAAUUUAUUUAUGCCAAACAAAUUCUUUAAUUUUCGAAUUUCGUGUAAUAAUUAAAUAAUUCCUGUGAUGAUUUAUAUACUUCCAAUUGUCUACACUCAGGUCUAAACACUUUUCAGCAUGAUAUUUACUUUUUUUUAAAUGUGAAAUUUAAUAUAUUUGUGAUUAUAGUCAAUACUAUACUCAAUUAAAAGUCUGAAAUAUUAUUUUUAACUUUAUUUUAUUAUGUUAUAACUUAUAAUCAAGGUUUAAAGUGGGAAAAUAUUUCAGAGGGGACUAAUGUCUCCAUAUAAUUAUAAGCGUUCCAUAUAUAUUUUUAUGUACAAUGUCUAAUGUAUAAAAUCCUAAUUUGUUAAAGGGGACGCUUUUUAACCGCUGUCAGAGGUAGGGCGACUGAGUCCUCCUGCGCCCCUCCCCCCACUUUAACCCCUGCAUAUAAUAGUAUAGUAUUUAUUUAGUUUCAAAUAAACAUUUCUAUUGUGUUACAUCUUUAAAAUUAUGUAAAUGUAAAUGAUAACGUAUAUAAUGCAAAAUCAACGAUUAUUCAAUAAUUGCUAAGAAAAGCUAUCCAUUAUACCUUUUAUUUUAUAAUACACAGUUGUACUGUAUAAGCAAUAGCUAUUGUAUAGACAAUUUUGUGGUGACUAUUAAGCUAUUAAUGAAAUUUAGAAAUCCUACUUAUUCAAUUGUAUAUAUUUUUUUAAGUAUUGGUAAAUAAAAGAUAUUAAGAGGAAA